AUGGAACCGAACUGGCUGACUGCACGCAACAACCAUACAUACGAAAAUGGACGCCGCUACCAUGGCUUCAAGGCCGAAUUCCCCUUUCCAGACGACCAAAAGGCCACCUCAGCACACGCAAUGAUCAGCACCAUGUGGCAUCAUCUUCUAGACGGCAGGACUUUUAUUGCCCCCCUGGAUCCCGUCCAGAAAAACCACAAGUUUCUCGAAUUCGCUACCCGCAGCGGCUCCUGGACGAUCAUGGCGCUGGACCGCCAUCAUCCUGCCCCGCGCUUGAUGGGGAUGGACCCGGCCCAUAUGUCUCCAAAUCUCCAGUAUUUCGAACACCACGAGCUGGAGGGCGAUUGGCCGUUUACUGCAAAACAGGCGUUUCAUUUGAUCCAUGCGCAGUCGCUAGGCGGGGUGAUUGCCGACUAUGACAAGUUCUACGCUAACGCGUUCCAGCAUCUUCUCCCGGGAGGGUGGUUAGAAGUGUGGGAGAACGAUUUACGCUUCUUCACCGAUAACGAACAAGAUGAAACUCGGCUAGUGGCACUGAGGGAGUGGGAGGCGCUGAUGCACGAGGCAGCAGCCAAGUUUGGCAAGCGAGUUGACGUGGCAGCUGAGCAGAAGGAGCUGAUGCGUUCAGCUGGCUAUGUGCAAGUCGAUGAACAGAUAUUCAAGGUCCCCUAUGGCGAGUGGAGUGACGACCCAACUUUGAAAAAUAUUGGGGGGUACUACGUAUUCCAGAUGCAGUGCGCGCUAGAAGGAUAUACGCUACGUCUAUUCACGAAGACAUUGGGCUGGUCAAAGGAAGACACCGAUGUCCUGAUUAGUCGGGUGCAGGAGGAACUACAGCAAAAGGAUCUGCGGCUCUACUCAUAUUUCCAUCUCGUCAUAGGGCAGAAGCCAAAACAAGCCGCUCGAAACUAA